AUGCCCAGACUCUCCCUCCGCCUACUAGGCUAUACAACUGCCGCCACCGGCAUAGCCGGCUACAGCAUUCACCGUGGACUCAGCCAUCUGGAAGAAAAGUAUCCAGCACUUCCCCACGCAGCGGGGAGCAGAGCACUCCGCAAACCACAGAGCCCAAAUAACCGCCGCUGCGCAUAUACCGACAUCUACGCAGCACAAAUACCCCUGCAAGCCCUCGAAGCACGCGUCCGAAGCCCAAAGACACCAACAAAAACAGAGCUCGAAUAUGCCUGGGCUAGAUCCGUCCUCGGAAGCAAGGUCCUACGAGCUGAGGGCUCUCUCCUCGGACUACUCACCAGCUUCCGCUUCAUACCGUGCGAUACAGGCAACUCAGCAGACGGGUUCUCGCCGGACAAGGCCACCGGUGCGCCGCGCGUUCUGCUGAACGGUUUAUUGCAAGUGCAGCGAGUCCCGGCCGCUGAUGCAGAUAGUAAUGGACUGCUGGUCUCGUUGGAACUGCCAGACAAACCCCGCGAGUUCUUUGAGAAGAUUGCGAGGUGGGGGUAUCCUUGGCGCUUGAUGUCGUGUGUGCGACAUGAGAUGAGUGUUUCUGAGCCGUUCCAGAGGAAUGGCCAGGGUAUGUUUGUUGAGGUGCGUUUUGCAAGUGCGCAUGAUUAUGAGCUUGUGGGUUCAGAGGGUGAGCUGGAGAAACAGAAGAUUAUUCCAGCUUGGGUUUUGAGGUUGCAUCGUGGGUAUGCUAGGCUCGUUCUUGAUUCCGCUGUCCGAGAGUUGCAGCGGGAUGAUGAGAAAUAA